CGCCGGGCCCCUCCCACGGCGGUUGGCCAUAUAGAGGCUGGGGGCGGGGGGGAGGUCAAGCGUAGCCUCUUCUCCUUUACCAAGAUGGCGGCUUGCCCCUGUUUCGCCACAGUUCCUACCUUAUGAGCUCGGCUCCUGACGCGGAGAAGAGUGGAGCAGUAAAAGCUGGCGGCUGACAGAGGCGGCCUCAGGACGGACUUUCUGGCUACUGACCAUUUUGCUGUGGCUCACCCGGAUUACGUGCAGGCUCAGGGUCAACCAUGAGCUCCGUUGCAGUCCUGACGCAAGAGAGCUUUGCUGAACACCGAAGUGGGCUGGUUCCACAGCAGAUCAGAGUUGCCACUUUGAACGCAGAAGAGGAAAGCGACCCUCCCACCUACAAGGAUGCCUUCCCUCCACUCCCGGAGAAAGCCGCCUGCCUGGAGAGCGCCCAGGAGCCGGCCGGCGCCUGGGGCAACAAGAUCCGGCCCAUCAAGGCUUCCGUCAUCACCCAGGUGUUCCACGUGCCUCUGGAGGAGAGGAAGUACAAGGACAUGAACCAGUUUGGAGAAGGGGAACAAGCCAAGAUCUGCCUCGAGAUCAUGCAGAGGACGGGCGCUCACCUGGAGCUGUCUCUUGCCAAGGAUCAGGGCCUCUCCAUCAUGGUCUCAGGGAAGCUGGACGCCGUCAUGAAGGCCCGGAAGGACAUCGUGGCUCGGCUGCAGACCCAGGCUUCAGCCACCGUCGCCAUUCCCAAAGAACACCACCGCUUUGUCAUCGGUAAGAAUGGGGAGAAACUGCAAGACUUGGAGCUAAAAACGGCAACCAAAAUUCAGAUCCCACGCCCAGACGACGCCAGUAACCAAAUCCGGAUCACGGGCACCAAGGAGGGCAUCGACAAGGCCCGCCACGAGGUCCUGCUCAUCUCUGCCGAGCAGGACAAGCGUGCGGUGGAGCGGCUGGAGGUGGAGAAGGCCUUCCACCCCUUCAUCGCGGGACCCUACAACCGGCUCGUCGGGGAGAUCAUGCAGGAGACGGGCACACGCAUCAACAUCCCCCCGCCCGGCGUCAACCGCACCGAGAUCGUCUUCACAGGCGAGAAGGAGCAGCUGGCGCAGGCUGUGGCGCGCAUCAAGAAGAUUUAUGAGGAGAAGAAAAAGAAGACCACGACCAUCGCGGUGGAAGUGAAGAAAUCGCAGCACAAGUACGUCAUCGGGCCCAAGGGCAACUCCCUGCAGGAGAUCCUGGAGCGGACGGGCGUGUCGGUGGAGAUCCCACCCUCCGACAGCGCCUCCGAGACCGUCAUCCUUCGGGGCGAGCCUGAGAAGCUGGGGCAGGCGCUGACCGAGGUCUACGCCAAGGCCAACAGUUUCACGGUCUCCUGCAUCUCGGCCCCGGCCUGGCUUCACCGCUUCAUCAUUGGCAAGAAAGGGCAGAACCUGGCCAAAAUCACUCAGCAGAUGCCAAAGGUCCACAUCGAGUUCACCGAGGGGGAGGACAAGAUCACGCUGGAAGGCCCCACCGAAGAGGUGAAUGUGGCCCAGGAGCAGAUCGAGGCCAUGGUCAGAGACCUGGUCAGCCGGAUGGACUAUGUGGAGAUCAGCAUCGAUCACAAGUUCCACAGACACCUCAUUGGGAAGAGCGGCGCCAACAUCAACAGAAUCAAAGACCAGUACAAGGUGUCCGUGCGCAUCCCCCCCGACAGCGAGAAGAGCAACCUGGUCCGCAUCGAGGGCGACCCCCAGGGCGUGCAGCAGGCCAAGCGGGAGCUGCUGGAGCUGGCCUCGCGCAUGGAGAACGAGCGCACCAAGGAUCUGAUCAUCGAGCAGAGAUUCCAUCGCACGAUCAUCGGGCAGAAGGGCGAACGCAUCCGUGAGAUCCGCGACAAAUUCCCAGAGGUCAUCAUCAACUUUCCAGACCCAGCACAGAAAAGUGACAUUGUCCAGCUCAGGGGGCCCAAGAACGAGGUGGAGAAGUGCACCAAGUACAUGCAGAAGAUGGUGGCAGACCUGGUGGAGAACAGCUAUUCCAUCUCGGUUCCGAUCUUCAAGCAGUUCCACAAGAACAUCAUCGGGAAGGGAGGCGCCAACAUCAAGAAGAUCCGAGAGGAGAGCAACACCAAGAUCGACCUCCCAGCCGAGAACAGCAACUCCGAGACCAUCGUCAUCACGGGCAAGAGGGCCAACUGCGAGGCCGCCCGGAGCCGCAUCCUGUCCAUCCAGAAGGACCUGGCCAACAUCGCCGAGCUGGAGGUCUCCAUCCCCGCCCGGCUGCACAACUCCCUCAUCGGCACCAAGGGCCGCCUCAUCCGCUCCAUCAUGGAGGAGUGCGGUGGCGUGCACAUCCACUUCCCCGUGGAGGGCUCCGGCAGCGACACGGUGGUCAUCAGGGGCCCGGCCUCGGACGUGGAGAAGGCCAAGAAGCAGCUCCUGCACCUGGCAGAGGAGAAGCAAACCAAGAGCUUCACCGUCGACAUCCGCGCCAAGCCCGAGUACCACAAGUUCCUCAUCGGCAAAGGCGGCGGCAAGAUCCGCAAAGUGCGGGACAGCACGGGCGCCCGCGUCAUCUUCCCCACCGCGGAGGACAAGGACCAGGACCUGAUCACCAUCGUCGGGAAGGAGGAGGCCGUGCGCGAGGCCCAGAAGGAGCUGGAGGCGCUGAUCCAGAGCCUGGAGAAUGUGGUGGAGGACUCCAUGCUGGUGGACCCCAAGCACCACCGGCACUUCGUCAUCCGGAGAGGCCAGGUGCUGCGGGAGAUCGCCGACGAGUACGGUGGGGUGAUGGUGAGCUUCCCGCGCUCGGGCACCCAGAGCGACAAGGUCACCCUCAAGGGCGCCAAGGACUGCGUGGAGGCGGCCAAGAGGCGCAUCCAGGAGAUCAUCGAGGACCUGGAGGCCCAGGUGACCUUGGAGUGCACCAUUCCCCAGAGGUUCCACCGCUCCGUCAUGGGCCCCAAGGGCUGCCGGAUCCAGCAGAUCACCCGAGACCACAACGUGCAGAUCAAGUUCCCAGACAGAGAGGAGAACCCAGUGCCCAGCGUGGAGCCAGCCGUGCAGGAGAACGGCGAUGAUGGUGGGGGCGGCCGCGAGGCCGAGCCGGGCUCCCCACGGCGCUGCGACAUCAUCAUCAUUUCUGGGCGCAAGGAGAAGUGCGAGGCUGCGAAGGAAGCUCUGGAGGCGCUGGUCCCUGUCACCAUCGAAGUGGAGGUGCCCUUUGACCUUCACCGGUACCUCAUCGGGCAGAAAGGCAGCGGCAUCCGCAAGAUGAUGGACGAGUUUGAGGUGAACAUCCACGUGCCCCCCCCUGAGCUGCAGUCGGACAGCGUGGCCAUCACGGGCCUCGCCGCACACCUGGACCGCGCCAAGGCGGGGUUGCUGGAGCGCGUGAAGGAGCUGCAGGCAGAGCAGGAGGACCGGGCGCUCAGGAGUUUCAAGCUGAGCGUCACUGUGGACCCCAAGUACCACCCCAAGAUCAUCGGGAGGAAGGGGGCUGUGAUCACGCAGAUCCGCCUGGAGCACGACGUAAAUAUCCAGUUUCCAGACAAGGAUGACGGGAGCCAGCCGCAGGACCAGAUCACCAUCACGGGCUACGAGAAGAACACAGAGGCCGCCCGGGAAGCCAUCCUGAAGAUCGUGGGUGAGCUCGAGCAGAUGGUCUCUGAGGACGUCCCCCUGGACCACCGUGUCCACGCCCGCAUCAUCGGGGCCCGGGGCAAGGCCAUCCGCAAGAUCAUGGACGAGUUCAAGGUGGACAUCCGCUUCCCUCAGAGCGGCGCCCCGGACCCCAACUGCGUCACGGUGACCGGCCUCCCCGAGAACGUGGAGGAGGCCAUCGACCACAUCCUCAACUUGGAAGAGGAAUACCUGGCCGACGUGGUGGACAGUGAGGCCCUGCAGGUGUACCUGAAGCCCCCGGCCCACGAGGAGGCCAGGGCGCCCUCCAAGGGCUUCGUGGUGAGAGACGCCCCCUGGACCGCCAGCAGCAGCGAGAAGGCUCCGGACAUGAGCAGCUCCGAGGAGUUUCCCAGCUUUGGGGCUCAGGUGGCCCCCAAGACCCUCCCCUGGGGCCCCAAGCGAUAAUGACCGGAGCGCGGCCCCCAGCUGCUGACCGCCCGACACCACGCGGUCGGCCGGCGCCCGUUGACCAGCGGCUGCCCCGUCCAUUGUUGCUGCCCCUCCCCCGAGGUCUCACAGUGAAGGCGCUGGGCCGCCCGCACGGCGUGAACACUAACGGGCCCGGCCACGCCACCACGCACACGCACUCUCGGCUCCCUGGUCCACCCAGCAUGUCCGCCAGGCCGCCUCCACGCUGGGGCGAGCUGCCGUGGCGCGUCCACUUCCUGUGUUAUGACCUCAGGAAAUAAAUUUCCUUGACUUUAUGAAAGCCAAAACGUUUUCCUCUUCCUUUCCCACCCCUCUGCCCCCUGCCUGUCGCCCAGACCCUCCCUAGGACGCAGCGGCACCUUCCGGCUCACGCCCUGGAGAGCCGGACAGGGCUGGGGGCCGUGGGCGCAGCCUGCAGGGAGGGGCCGGCCCGCUCGCGGCCUUCGGUCCUCACGCCCCUGCGGCCCAUGCUGCCUCCUUUCUACCUCACCGCCGUGGCGCUGCUCGAAGCCUCUCGCGGGUGUGGGCCCAGGGGCUGAGCAGCGUUGGGGGCAGGAAGCCUGGUGUCCCGGCAGGGGUCAGCGGCCAGGUGCUGCCGAGGGGGCCGUGCUGGGCCCACUGGCUGGGUGAGGGCCGCCCUGGGCGGGGAGAGCUCGGGGUGGGGUCUGGGGCCUGCGAGGCCCCACGUGGGCCUCUGCCCUCCCCGCUCGGGCCCGCCACGCCUCCCUCCUGGGUCGCGGUCACUUGUGCUCGACCUCUCCAUUCCACCCCACUCGUGCGCAGUCUCGGCUCAGUACCCGAAGCCUGGUGAGGGUUAGACUCGGGGGCUCCCGAGGAGAGCGAGAAUUGCUUCGCCCAAGUCUAGCCUCAGCAGCCUUGAGGGAGGAAGCGCAUCUCCUGGGCAGCCCGGACGAAGCCGCCUCCCUCUGGCAGCCCUGCGGGAUUGGGCCCCCUCCCUCCUGCUGCCCUUGUCUUCAUCCCCAGCCCCAGCCAAGUCACUUCCUUCUCCCGGGGAGCUCUGCCGUGUGCAGACCCCGUUCCUGAGCCCCGGGGGGCGUUGCUCCCUGCGUGGGGGUUGUGCAGGUUCUGAGGUGGCUGGGCUGGGCUGGGGCCCGUGUGUCCCGUCCGUCAUCUUCCACACCAUGUGCCCACAGCUCACCCAUCCCUUGGCCUUACUCUGGAAUUUGGAGAUUAUAUGCAAACGUGUGUAAAGGCUCGUGCAUACGGAUGACACUGGAAUUUUAUAAAUUCUAAAAUAAAAACCUGAAACUAGA